GAUAUUAUUUACAACCUGACACUGGUGACAUUCGACGUAUCCCUCCACGAUCAUCAUCCCAUACAUCAAAAAUAUCAUGCCGCGUGAACCUUCGAGAAAUCGUACGAGCAAAUCUCGACUUCCUGUUACCCAAAGUCCACCAAGUUAUCACCAACUGUCCCCGAUCGUUUCCAUAUCGAGCGGAAGCAUCGAGCGGGUGGGGUUUCUCAGGUGCGUAUAAAGUCGGGGAGAACCGGUGAAUUUUCGUCAGUGGAAUCGGUUCCAACAUCUUGCGAACACUCUUAAACAUUCCCUCGAACGACGAUACAAUUCGCCAUGAAUCGUGCAUCCUUCAUCCUCUCCUUCUCUUUCGUUUUCUUAAUGGUUUCGGCAUCGGCCUGGCCGUUUCGACGUCGAGACGUGUUCGACAACGCGGUGGACAGCCCCCACGGCGUGAUCGCUCACCUGCAACACUUCGGCGAGUUGUUGUAUCGGAAUCCGGACAACGAGACCGGAACCAUUGUGGCGAAUUGGCACGAGGGAUGGGACCGCAACCCGGAAGAAUUGGGUAAUUACGCGGAGGGUGAUAUUCUGUUUCCGCCACAGCUCGGCAAGAACGGACUCAAAGCGGAAGCUGCGCGAUGGCCCGGCGGCGUGGUGCCGUACAUGAUUAGCCCUUAUUUCGAUACCGCUCAGAGAAACUUGAUUCACGAAGCGAUGAACGAUUACCACAAGUACACGUGCGUUAAAUUCAAACCUUAUACCGGCGAGGAGAGCGAUUAUAUCAGGAUCACGGCUGGCAAUACUGGUUGCUGGAGCAGCGUGGGAAGAAUCGGUGGUAAACAAGACGUGAAUCUUCAGGUUCCGGGGUGUUUACUGAAGAAAGGUACCGUGAUACACGAGCUGAUGCACGCCAUUGGUUUCCUGCACGAGCAGAGCAGAUUUGAACGGGACGAGUAUGUCACGAUUCGGUGGAAUAACAUUUUGUACAAUCAAGUCGGAAAUUUUGAGAAAGCCUCGAAGGAAAUUACAGACGCGUUCGGGAUUGGAUACGAUUAUGGCAGCGUAAUGCAUUACUCUGCGAACGCGUUUUCCAAGAACGGACAACCGACCAUAGUGGCAAAAGCCGGUACGGGAGUUCAACUGGGUCAGAGAGAAGGAUUCAGCAAAAGGGACAUACAGAAAAUUCGAAAAAUGUACAAAUGCAACAAACGGAGACGGAGUAGCUAUUGAUUUGGAGGGGAGGAAUCGAAUCGUUCCAUUGCGGAUUUUUAUUCGGGGCGUGAUAAUAAAGUGAAUCUAGUCUCUUGCAAUUUAGUAUACAGUCGCGCUAUUUUUACAACAACAUCGAUUAGCAAGGAAUUGGAAAAACGAACUGGAUUUCGAAACGGAAAUGGUAAAUCGAUAAUGCGAGACUUGCGUCCGGAAAGGAAGCUUUCUUUGCUUAUACGAGUGUUUAUAUGAGUGUUAGUAUUUAUGAUAGUGAUUAGCAAAUAAGUUUUUAAUGAUGUAAUUACAUGUACGAUAAAUAAAUGUAUUCCUCUU